AGUUGGCCUAUUCAACAAGACCUUCCCAAUCCCCUUUGCUUUGCCAAAUUAAUUAACUCUCCCAAACCCGCAUUCACAGUUGUGUUAUUGUGUACUUAUACACGCAUAUAUUUACCAUAUCGUAGCACUAGAGUCAAGUUUUUGUUCUAAUGGAUUGCUUGGUAAUGCCAGUGUCUAUAUUGACAAGGAAGAGAUUUACGGGGUCGCAGCUAGGUUACGAGCCAUUAAAGGAAGAUGGGUCGGAGGAUUUGGUGAGGGUGGUGGUGGGGAAGGAGAAGAGCGAAUUCUUGGUGGAGGAAUUUGUGUUAAAGGAGAGUCCUUUUCAGGUGUUGAUGGAUGCUGCGGUGAGAAAGGAAAGCAGAGGAAACAGAGUGAUUUUUGUGGAUGUUGAUGCGAUUUUGUUUGAGCACAUGCUUUGGUUGUUGUACAAUGAUUGUUCGUCUCUGUUUCAGCUUAAUUUAGAGGAGAUUCUUGAAUUCUAUGCUCAAGAUAACUGAGAUUUCACAAACAAGAACAAAGAAGAAGGAUAUGAAGAGGUACUGAAUUAGAUUUUGCUAAUUUGAGUUUUUAUAUCUCCAAGACUGUUUUUCUUAUCUUGGUUGUAAUAACACACAAAGAUAUGUGAUACUGGCAAUGCUUACAUAUUAAUAUGGCCUUUUAAUUUUAAUUUUAAUUGCUUUCUGUUCUUC